AUCUGCUUGUACAGGCGAGUCUCAAUAUAUACAGCUGCGAGCCGUGCAAAGCCGGCGCCGAGAGGCGACGAGAAAGACGAAAACUGACAAGGGGGUUGAACAAAGUGCAGCGAGCGGCCGCGACACCCUUGAAGUGCUUUCGGGAGGCGAAAACCACUUAGGCAGAGACGCAGGAGGCCGCCUGUUCUCCAACUUGACGCCAAGGCUGAGACCGCGAGCCGCACCCCGGCUGACCGGAAACCUGCCGUGAGAAAGGGGAAGAAGGCCAGUGGCACCCGACUGCUUGUGCGCCGCUUCAUUCUUGGCACUACGCCCACCAUGGCGCAAGCCCAGGAUGCCAGGUCGCCGUCGCCAAACUAUGACGGCCUGAACAGCACGGAUCAUCUGCUCCCGGACACGCGGCGCAGACCAAGCGCCGCACCUUGGUCGGCGAGGAUCUACCGACUGAUCGGCUCUCCCAACACUGCCGGCAAAGAGGAGUUGGUCGUCGUCGGCCUCCUGGCCUUCAUGCUACUGGCUGGUGUCAUCGUCGGUACGGCAAUGCUGCCGAAAGAUUCAGCGCAAGGACGAAUGGCGGCGUUGAAGGUCAAGUACACCAUCCCCGGCGGUUACAUAGUGACGACCACGACCACGACGACCACCACGACCACGACGGCCACGACCACAAAGAACGCGGCAACGACCAAGGCACGAAAUCACAAGACACAAAAUGAGAAAGUGGCAGCACAGAGAGGCGAAGAAGACAAUGAGACGGACGACGCGGAAAAGACGACGACGCCCCCAGUGGAAGAACAAAACGAAAGCGGCUCGAAGAAACAAGGCAGAGUCCGCCGAAAGCGGAAGACUAUUAACAAGUCCGCGGGCACACCAAAGCGACAGGCGGAGGCAUCAGUUUAGCAGAUGCAGAUGACAUUGCGCUCGUUGUGUUCGUGCACACCUUCUACGGGGAUAAAACCCGCAGUGGUUUCAGUUUGUUUACUUA